GAGGGUGGCCAUCUGGACUAGAGUGUGAAGGAUAUAAGGCUGGGCUUCCAGACCCACUGCCCACGACAGGAGCGGGACAGCGAGGACCGCAACGUGUCCAGGUUUCGACACCUGCCACCUGCUGCCCACCCACACCCAGGAACAUGGCUGGCCUGUGGACCUCCACCCUGCUCUGUAGCCUGCUGGCAGUCACCUUGAUCCAGGCCACCCUCAGUCCCCCUGCGGUUCUCAACAUUGGCCCAGAAGUUAUCAAAAACCAGCUGACACAGGAGCUGAAGGACCACAAUGCCACGGCCAUCCUCCAGCAUCUGCCGCUGCUCAGCACCAUCCGGGAAAGGCCGGCAGGGGGCAUCCCCCUGCUGGGCAACAUGAUGAACAACAUCCUGAAGAAUAUCAUCUGGCUGAAGGUCACCUCCGCUAGCAUCCUCCAGCUUCAGAUUCAGCCCUCAGAUAACAACCAGGAGCUGACGGUCACGAUCCCCCUGGACAUGGUAGCCGGGUUCAACACACCCCUGGUCAAGACCAUCGUGGAGAUGCACCUGGAGACAGAGGCCCAAGCAGUCAUCCGAAUGGACAGCAGCUCUACCCACUCCACUCACCCCACCCUCAGCGACUGUUCCAUUAGCCACGGAAGCCUGCGCAUCACCCUACUGCACAAACUCUCCUUCCUGGUCAACCCCUUAGCUAACACGGUCAGAAGCCUCCUGAUGCCAGCCCUGCCCGAACUGCUAAAAACCCAGCUGUGUCCUGUGAUCGAGGCGACCUUCAAUGACAUGUAUGCAGACUUCCUGCGGCUGCUGAGACCCGUUUUCCUCAACACUCACCGUUUAGAGUUUGACUUUCUGUCUUCUGCCAUCAAUGGGGACACCAUCCAGGUCCACCUGGGGGCCAAGCUAUUGGAUGCACAGGGAAACGUGACCAACAGAUUCAGUGACUCUGCAGCUUCCCUGACGAUGCCCACCCUGGACAGUGCCCCUUUCAGCUUCACCGUGAGGCACGAUGUGGUGAACGCUGCAGUUGGUGCCUUGCUCCCUACGGAAGAGCUCAUGAUCCUGCUGGACUCGGUGCUUCCUGAGCUGGCCCGUCAGCUGAAGUUGGACAUCCAGGUGAUCAACGAAAAGGCUGCAAAUCAGCUGAGCCCCACCCAGAUCGUGAAGCUACUAACUCUGGAGACCCCCGAAUUGCUUCUGAGUCAGAACGGUGCCAAGCUGGCCCAACUGGUUGUGUUUGAAGUGUUCCCCACCAACGAAGCCCGUCGCCCCUUGUUCACCCUGGGCAUCGAAGCCAGUUCGGAAGCUCAGUUUUACACCAAAGGUGACCAACUGAUACUCAACCUUAAUGAAAUCAGUUCUAACCGGAUCCAGUUGAUGAACUCCGGGAUUGGCCUAUUCGAACCUGAACCCCUGAAAGAUGUCAUCAUGGAGAUCCUCCUCUCUGUCCUGCUGCCAAACCAGAAUGGCAAAUUAAGAUCCGGGAUCCCAUUAUCGAUGCUGAAAUCCCUGGGAUUCAAGGCAGCUGAGUGUUCUCUGACAAAGGAUGCCCUCGUGAUCACCCCGGCCUCCUCCGAGAACUUCGGCUCUCCUGUCUCCCAGUGAAGACUUGGACACUGGCAGUUGAAGGCAGGCCAGGUCCGAGCUGGGGGUAUAGGAGCAAGCUCUACAGACCGUCUCU